CCGAGUGUGGGCCGGGAGGACUGACGUCACGUAAUGAGGCUAAGCGCCACAUCUCCGAGAUAUCCGCCCACCGAGCAUGUGUUCCUCGGCUCGAUUUCGCUCAGAAAGAGUACGCCGAGUGAAGAGGCGCUGGCGUCGGGCUCGCGGUUAACUGACAAUGUCGCAAAAAGCGACUCGUCUCACUGAGGAUGAGGGCAGCGAUUCGGGAGCAGAGACUGCAGAAUCAGACUGCAGUAAAAUGUCAUCUUCAAGCAAUGAUUUUAUAAUAAUGGAGCAGCAAGACGUUCUUCUGAUGACUGUGCAUCUGCUGGCAAACCCUGGGGAAUCCUUUCUUUUGCAACAGACUCUCAACCAUCUAUUGAAAUGUGUCAGUCCUGACAUCCACCUGUUUAGAGUGUCGGAACGUGCUGUGCCAGUGAAGCACAGUAAGUAUGAAGCCUGCAAAAGGUCUUCCUCAUACCCUUCCUUGUCCAUCAUACUUUUCCUUCAUGAGGAUUUCGGUGAAGAGCGAAUCUUGCAGGUGCAUGAUUUUUUUCAGCAUUUGCCUUGGCAGUACCAUCACAGUGAAAGUGCAGGUGGGAAGAUGGUCCCAUUCUUGAUCUCCAGUCAGGAUUUUUACAGUCUGGAUGUAGACAUGCCAGUGUGGGCUGUACGUCAAGUUCACUAUGGAAGUGAGAUAGUUCGUGUCACGUUGUACUGUAGUUAUGACAAUUAUGAUGAUACCGUAAGGAUGUAUGAGACAAUCCUCCAAAGGGAGGCCACCUCCCAAAAACUGGGAUUCUGCUAUUUCACUUUAUAUUCAAACAGUUCAUUGUCUAUCCAGCUGUCCUUAAAACAGCUGCCUCCAGGAGUUUCUGUUGAGUUGAAAGAAUCUGCUGUGCUCCAGUUUAGGGUGCAAGAGAUUGGUCAGCUGGUGCCUCUUCUUCCUCACCCCUGUUCUCCUAUCAGCAGUACAAGAUGGCAAACGGAGGAUUAUGAUGGAAACAAAAUUAUUUUUCAGGUGAAAGGAAAUGCAAGGUCUUACCACAAAAGGAGUAUGGCAUUUGAAGUAAGCAGUACCUCUGUUGUUUCUGUGUCCACACAAGGACGUCAGAUGUGCGAUCAUGCUGCUUUCCCAUAUAACGUAAAUUGGCAUUCCAAGAACAAAGUACAUCAUAGCUCGGGAUUGAACUCGAGCCACAUGAAACCUUGUGCGAAUUUACAGACGAGUGACACAACGAGACAAAGCGAAUAUGUACGCUCGGACAGCUGUAGCAGUACUCCGCAAAGCAGCUCCUGCUACUCCUCUCAAAGAAGUAGCCCUGCAACUCUGUCAAGACUUGAGCUCACUUUUGAAGGAGGUAGCAGCACAGGCGCAACUGGUUAUAAUGUCGCAGACUCCAGACACUGCCUUAGCACUUUACAAGAAUCUGAGAUGAAUGUUGACACGGGCUUUAUGGUGGCGGACACAGCCACCUCAGGACAAACAAAGUGUCCCUUCAAUGGAUUUUCGAAGGAUGUCCUAGAUAGCUUGCCUGAUGCCCGAUGCUCUGCUGCAGCCAGCUCGAUGGCUUGCUCAGUGCCUUCUUCAAGGAAGUAUCCAAAUGGUAUUGCUGCUUCUGUUGGUUUUCAACAGCAAAUGAAUAUUUUUCCUCAGAGCCAAACACAAAAAAAUGAAGAGGAGGAUGAAUUUUUUAUUUAAAGACAAUAUAAUUUAAAACAAACCAUAAAGAUGUCCCAAAUAUUUGGGCUCGGAAAUGGGAUAAUACACACGUAUUGCUGAGAUGGUGUGAGGUGGUUAGGGUAGAUGUGCCAGCGAUACAUGUUGCACUUUGAUAAGUAGCACAAAGUUCUGCUUCCAUUUAGUCAAUAAGAUGAUGAAAGAUGGGACCCCUUUAUAUAUUGGGUCAUGUAGGAACAGCAGAGAGCAGGUUGGAGUCUGGUUGGGUCAUGUUCUUCCUCCAGGCCAACAACAUUUAAACUCUGGAAAAGUCAGAUGAACGUGUGACUUCACUGGUUUUACUUACACUUCCCCCUCUGUUUCUUCUACAUUAGUCUGCAGAUCAAGCCAAAUGGUCACACUCCUGAUAACGCCUAAAAAGCAAAUCAAUCCUAAGGGCACUAAUCUGUAUCAGUACUUUACAAAGAUAGUCACACAUCAUAAGUUACUAAGUAUUGCUGUGAGGACAACCAAAUUUCGACAGUUUACAAAAGUUAUGCAAACUGAGAUUGAAGGGAUAAGUUUGGCAGAAUGAAAUAUUCUUGAAACAUUAUGUUCAAAGGUCUUCAACAAUGGCAAUUCAAGGAAGCAUUGAGGAACCCAAGAAAAAAAAUUGUGCUUUACGAAAUCAAUUGCUAAAUUGAAUACUACAUGCAUAUAUUGCAUAGUGCUAAUUUCUUGUCAUUGCUUGUGUUGCCAAACACAUUAAUAUUACAGGAUUGUUUUUUACUUUUUUUUUUUUUUUACAGAUUGAAUUAACUAAAAUCAUUCUUUAACUGCAUUGGAAGCUUUACAUUAGAAAAAGCGCACUGCAGAAAAUCUGAAAAAUGUCCAUUUAUUUUUUGUCCACAGUUUAAUUUGCAUCCUUGUUUUGACUGUAUUAGUGUAACUCAUUCCAAAGUAUUUUACUGUGCACUCGUUCACAUUGUUCUUCUGGUUUUUUUUGGCCAAAACCAUUUCAAAAAUGUGUUAACAAAGAAUAUUAUUUAUUGAUUAAUUUAUUUCAAUAAAAGAAACCACUGUUGUUUGUUUGUUAGUUGUCAACAGAUGGCAAUCUAGUAUAUCUGCCUAAAAAUAACGUAAUGCAAGCAAGAAAAGCAAAAUUACUCCCAUAUUAACAAAUGCCUCAUUUUCCACCUUAACUGUUUUAUUUAUUUUUCUUAACUGUGCAUCUGAAAUGGAUUUAUAAGUGUCUGGCAAAGUAUGGAUAAUGUAUCUGUUAUGAAAUAGAUUGUGUGGAGAUU